CUCCGACCUGAAUAUAUAUCGCCCCCGCAGAGAAACUCUCAUACUAUUAAACAGGACAUUACAUCGCAUGCGGCAUCGCUUGUGCAAUCAUGGCUGGCCCGACGCCACAGAAGCGGGUGUUGCCCCCUCGUGAGCGCCGAGAUGCCACGGCCAAAAGAAGAGCAUCUUCUCCUGUGCAAACCCCAGCGGCCACGUCGAGCGCCCGAAGACAAUCCACGCCCACUCAGCCAGCCGAGUCUCGUCCAAAGCGUAAAUACACCAAACGCUCCAGUCUUGUGAGAAUCCAAACACCAAGUUCUCGCGCGUCGUCCACCCCUGCCGCCGUUGUCGAAGAAACCCUGCCCACCCGGUUGAACAGCAAUGAACCGCUUCCUACUCUGAAAGACAAACAGGAUCGCGACUUGAAUCUCAACGAAUAUCAGUCGAUCGCGGAAAGUGCUGUGCUCUCAGCCUCGCUUCAUCGGUCACGGAUGCAAUGGCUAGUGGACGGAGUGUUUCAAAAGUAUUGGGUGAAGCCCGUUAAGAGAAAGGGCGUUGUUGAAGCGCCACCAAACAACCCAGACGUCAAGUCCAUGCAGAAGCUGGGGAUUGCUACCAUUACCAUUGAGCCACAUACCUUCGACGCAGUAUUCUACACUGUUCGUGACCCAGCGGGCCCGCAACCUUAUCAACGGCAUGCCAACCAGCAUACGACGAAACACAUGAUCCCACCCCAAUCCCCGUACGGGGCUACUCCUCCUCCCAUUGCUUUUCAACGUUCUGGAACGCAUGCUGCUGCUCCAGCUCCGCCUUUCAACCAUUCGCCAGCUGGACCAAUAAAGGCAUCAAGUCCUUCAACUCAACCAAAGCCUCAUUUGCCGUCAACCCCAUCUUACCCUAACACGCCAUCGCAGCCUGCGACACCUCAGUUAAACCCUCAGCCUGCGACGCCUCAGCUGAACCACGGAACUCAACCAUUGCCCGCCCGGACGGACCAACCUGGAGGGCCUAUUGGUCCACCUGCUCCUGCAGCCGUCUCUGUCAAACAAGAGGAGGCUCCUCGGCCAGUGAGCGCCUCAUUGCAAUCAACACCAUCGGUCCAACCUCCUCCACCUGCAGCGGGAUCCACAAAUGCGCCAUCAUCCGCAACAACUCCGACUCCGGGCCCCAGUCAGAAGCCGAGCCAGCCGCCCGGAGGGAAAGGGAGCACCACUGAUCCUGUCAUCCAAAUGCUCGCGGCGCGUGCUGCAUCAGAUCAUAAACUAAAGGAGUUGAUGAAGAUAGUAGCCACUUCAAAAGCGUCCGCAGAGCAGUUGAAAGAAUUUCAGGCUCACAUUGACGAAUUCAAUGAAGUGGUAAGAAAACAGGAGGCAGAGCGAGUCGCAAGGAAUCAAGAACGGUCAAAUACUGAACGCCCGUCGAAUGCUCUCGUGCCUGCAGUCUCAGAAGCAUCGAAGGAGGGAAAAGCUGUACCUGCACCUUCACCUUCGACACUUGCGCAGACUCCGAAACAGUCACCCGCGCCAACAGCAGCACAGUCAUCAGUGCCCAAGCCAACCCAUGGCCAGCAACGGCAGCCGCCUCCCUCGCCUGGACCGGCGGCCUUUCCUGGAGUGAUUCAUACGUUCACUCCGGCUCCGCAACGCCCUUCUGGACCUGGCGGUCCAAUGGGUGGAUUCAUGGGAUAUCCCCCUCCACCCCGACCCGAGCCUAUCGUCAAGCACAUCGUAAUGGAGUUGACUAGUAUACCCGGCAGCGGCCAGUCUCCAUGUCAGGACCGGUGGCUUUUCCCAGAACAUGCCGUCCUCGAAAUUCGGUAUGGCGGCCUGGAGAUGAUCUGCUCAUUCUUCGUGGAACGUAAGGGUUCUGAGAUCCUGUCACGGCAGGGUGCGGGAGCUGCAGAAAACGAAAACAGUGCCAUGCGCAUGAAAUGGAAGGCGGAGCAGGAAUACUAUCAACCAGUGACCAUGACCGUCAAAGCAACUAACCAUCGCACCAUUGAGACAAUCGCGCGAGCCGCCAAACCGUUACCACUUGUUCAAAGCUACAUGAAAAAUGUCAUGGACAAGAAGGAACGCGCACCGACGGAAUACUUGGCGUACCAACUGCCACGCGAAGGAAGCACGACGGCUGCCGAGGGAUCGGAGCCUGCAUUCGUCGAUAGCGGCGUCGAACUUGGCAGCGAGUCCUGCUCAGAAGACGACGAAUUGAAAGACGUGUAUGGGAUCUAAAGAGCCACCGGCAUGGGUGAUCGACGCCUCUAGUUUGCGUCGCUUGGAUGAAGCCGGUGUGAGUGCUACUACCGGCCCCAUGCAUGUACUGCUUGCUACCCAAACGCUGGGUCCUGGUUCCGGGCGAUGCCCAUAUCCAGUCCUCAUCAAGCGCUGUGCAGAGUAGAUAGUGAUAGACAUUAACGGUUUGACACAUCGAGAUGCGGUGCUUGUUACAGCAAUGGCCUUCGCCCUGCUACAAUGGCCGGAUUCGAAAUUAACGUCCGUGGGGCUACUACUAGAAGUAGACUAGCAGUGCCUAUUUUACAGCCUUUACAGCCUAUCUCACGUAUUUUACACUACUUGGGGCAAAGACAA